AUGUCUAACAUAUUUUGUGAAAAUCAGAGGUUUCUGCAAAGUGUAAAUGGCGCUAGAAACUUUGCUUACAUACAGCAACAAGUUGAUCUUAAUAAUAAUUAUAAAGACACAGAUUUGCAUAACGGAAAUAUUGGAAAUAAUGUAACGACAACGCAAACCAAUGACUUGACAUGCGAUCACCAAGAUAUAAAUGAUAUUAACCAAGUUAAUAAUAAUAUCAACAAUAAUUAUAGAGAUACAGAUUUACAUAAUGAAAAUAUUGAAAACAAUGUAACGACAACGCAAGCAAAUAGCUUGUUAUGCGAUCACCAAGAUAUGAAUGAUAAUCACCAAGAUAAUCAUAUCAACAAUAAUUAUGAGGACACAGAUUUGCAUAAUAAUAAUAUUGAUGACAAUCACCAAGUUACUCGAUUACAGCAUGUUGAUUCCCAUCAUAUUCAACAUCAACAAUGA